UCAAGUCAGACAACAUCAACCGGACCGGAAGGAAACCGACAAUAAAUUAACCUUGAAAUUGGAUGUUGAUUACGUAAGUUAGUUAAAACCUGUUAGGUUUUGAUAAGAAAUAAUAAAUGCAACGAUUAUUUAGUGACGGAUACCACUAUUAAAAUUUAAUUCAUCAGGUUUAGUUCAUUCAGGCUUAAAAGUUGGACGAAGACUAGACUACAAGUAAAAUAAGAUGGUCCGCGCCUGGUACAUGGACAGCUCUGAUGAAGACCAGAGGCUUGAGCACCACUUGAAUCCACCUCAAUUCGUCAACCUUGAACACCUCUAUGCUACCACUGGGGUGGAAUAUUUCAAGCUUGGAGAUGAGUCGGGCAUUGAUAGGGAAUAUUUAGAAAAAAUCAAGAAAGAACGCAACUAUGCCUACGAAGAUGAAAUCACUUGCUCUAGAGACUGUCUUCCAGACUAUGAUACUAAGCUAAAAAUCUUCUUCAAAGAACAUCUGCAUACUGAUGAGGAGAUACGCCUUGUUGUGGAAGGCUCCGGAUAUUUUGAUGUCCGAGACAAGGAUGACAAGUGGGUCCGAAUUGAGGUUACACCCGGAGAUCUACUCAUUCUUCCUGCAGGAAUCUACCAUCGCUUCACAUUGGACAGCAAGAACUUCAUAAAAGCCAGAAGAUUUUUUAUUGGAGAGCCCGUUUGGACGCCUUACAACCGACCAGCUGAUGAGAUGGACUGUCGGAAAACUUACGAAGAGUGGCUCCAAUCAAAGGACUCUCCCAAGCACCAAGCAACUGCUUGCUGAAUGAGAGAGAGCUAAAAAAAGUGUUUUACUUUGCAUGAAAAAGUAAUAUGAAAACCUAUAUCAAACUAUUCCUUAAGAGUGAAGAAUCAUAUCCAUGGGUUUUGUGAUAUUAUUAAUACAUUAUAAGCAAUAUAGUAUUUUUAACAGUUUUAUUAAAUACAAAAAUUGUUACUGAAA